CGCUGACCACUCUCAGCCUUCUCUUCCUUGGAGAGCAAGUCAAAUAUCAAGACAAGAGACUCUGAAGGGCAGUUUCUGGGGAGCUGUGUAGAGUGGUCCCGUCUGUCUCACCAUGGGUGUUAUUCUCCUCAUCCCCAUGUUAGUUUUCCUGGAAGCAUCAUCAUCCGAGAUCAUUCCAGCAUCAUCUACAGGAGCUCUGCAUGCCCCCAAACUCAUCUCCGAGCCCCCAUAUCAUGAAUACUUUGAAGGGGAGAAGGUUGUGCUCACUUGCUCAGCUUAUCAAAACGGGACGGUGGCGGGGUACAGAUUCUUCAAUCAGGAUGGUCAGCAGAUCCUCAAAAUGGCUCCUAAUCCUUUCCAAAAGGGCAAGCUGACUUUUAAGGCUCAGAUGAACAGCAGUGGAAAUUACAGAUGUGAUUACUGGAUGGAGGAAGCCAAUACUUCUCCACAAAGCAACACCAUCUCCCUACGUGUGAAUGAGGCCCCUGCCGCUCCCUCUCUCUCUUUGAAUCCUGAUCUCCACUUGUACAACCCGGGAGACGCCGUCAGUCUUAGGUGUUCAGCUCCACCUGAAGCGAAGGACAUCCAGGAAUUCCAGUACUACGGUGACAGAAAGUGUGUCUCUGCCAUGGCUUCUUAUGGCAGCAUCUACAUGUAUAACAUGAGCAUCAUGGAACCAAAGGACCUGGGGCCUUUCAGGUGUGCGUAUGUGCUGCGCCUGUCUGGGAGAUUUGUUCUUUCUAAGAAGAGUAACCCUGUCCACAUCAAUGGCACAGGUGUCCAAUGGGCACGGAUGUUGGCCAUUGGUGGGUCCUUCUUCACCAUCAAUGGUCUGAUCUUCUUAAUCUCCCACUUGCUUUCUUAAGUCACAGAUCUGCUCUUCAGAUGACUGGAAUACCCAUCUUCCCCAACUCAUGGCUGCUGAGCCAGUCAGCUUCUUUUCAACCAGAGAAUAAUCCAGCCUGUAUAUUAGCUUUCCGCAUAAACCACACAUCAGGAGCAAAAUAUGAACCUUAAAAUAACAGGCAGUGUGAGCAUCCAGUGACCAGGGGCAUAUAAUUUUCUGUCAAGAUUAUUCCAAUGACUUUGUAUUAUAUGGACUUACUCAGAUCUUUUAAUAGACUUUUGUAAAUGGAUUUUCUGAUGUGCCGACCAUUUUAUGGGAAGGGGUGAAUCUGAUGGCCUUGCAUAAUCUUCUUGUCCUGCGAGUUUCAAUCACUUUUUAAAAUAAAAUAAGUUUACAAUCUCUGUAAAAAUAAUAGA